AUGUACCAUAUAAAAGAUGAAGUAAAUGUUGAUGAUUUCAUCAAGGAGGUGACCCACACAGUAUACUUUAAUGAGGUCGAAUACAACGUGAAGUGUUCAUGUGCCUUGUUUAAGAUGAGAGAUUUGUGUAGACAUGUAUUUGGCAUUAUGAGAGUUAACAAAAUCCAUUCGGUUCCAAAAAAGUACAUACUAGAUCAAUGGAGGAAAGACAUAAAAAUGACAUACACUCUUAUACGAAGUAGUUAUGACUUAGUUGAUCAGAGGCCUGAAGUUAGCAGAUAUUCACGUAUCAUCAAGAAAUGCUACGAAGUAGCCACAAAUGCAUUUUCAUUUGAUGAGCACACUGUGGAUAUGCUAGCUAAGCUAGAUGCGAUGAACUUAGGCUACCGCACCAACAAGCCGCCCUCGAAGGUUGUAAUUUAUAAUGCCGACACAACAACAACUACGAGUUCUAAGAAUUUCCUGAGUCCUCAUGUAGUCAAAGGAAAGGGUAGAUCGCCAUCUCUUAGGAAAAAAUCAUGCAUUGAGAGAGUGAAACCCACAACGAAGAAUGCUCGCCCCAAAGGAAAACGUAAACAGCCGCAUGGAAUAAAAGGCGAAGUUGUUGGAACGUGCAGGAAUUUAUUUGGCCAAACAGAUAUUGGGACACAACAAAAUAUCCCAGUUGAGCCAUCACAAAACACUACCGAAUUGUUAGACUUUAGUGUUGUUGAGUUAGGCUUUCCAGUGAAUGAGACUCAAGAAAGUAUGCAACUUGGGUUGGAUGGAACCCAGCCAGAUAGCUUGUGUGAGACACAACCAUCGCAAUGA